GGGAAGAGAUUCACCUCCUCAGCAGGCAUUAAAAUUCAUCAGAGAAUCCACACAGGAGAGAAACCUUAUAUCUGUGGUCAAUGUGGGAAGAGUUUUACUCAGUCAACCAGCCUGAUAUCACACCAGAGAAUACACACUGGAGAGAAACCUUAUAGCUGUACUCAAUGUGAGAAGAGUUUUACUCAUUCAACCAGCCUGAUAUCACACCAGAGAACACACACAGGGGAGAAACCUUACAGCUGUGAUCAAUGUGGGAAGAGUUGUAGUCACUUAUGCAACCUUCUAUCACACCAGAGAACACACACAGGAGAGAAAUCUUAUAGCUGUAAUCAAUGUGGGAAGAGUUUUACUCACUUAAGCAACCUGGUAUCACACCAGAGAACACACACAGGAGAGAAACCUUAUAGCUGUGAUCAAUGUGGGAAGAGUUUAACUUCAUCUAGCAGUCUUAUUGUACACCAGAGAACACACACAGGAGAGAAAUUGUUAGUUUCAACCGGAUUUAAUCCCCUAAUCGAUAUCAGAGAGAGACGGGACUAUCAUGGAUCCGCUGGGGAGCCUCAACAACCUCAUGAUGCUGACGAGGCAGAACAGAGUCUCUCCAGAUUAGAACACCUCAAGAAACACCAGCAGAGACCAACAGGGAAGAAAUCUCACUGCUGCUCUGACUGUGGGAAGAUCUUUUCAAAAUCAUAUACAUUACAAUCACACCAGAUAAUUCACACUGGAGAGAAAUCUCAUAGCUUUGAUCAAUGUGGGAAGAGUUUUACUCCGUCAAGCGGCCUGAAAGUGCACCAUAGAACACACACAGGAGAAAAACCUUAUAGCUGUGAUCAAUGUGGGAAGAGUUUUGUUACAUCUUGCUAUUUGACUGUACACCAGAGAAUACACACAGGAGAGAAACCUCAUGGCUGUACUCAAUGUGGGAAGAGUUUUGCUCAGUCAAGCUGCCUGAUAUCACACCAGAGAACACACACAGGAGAGAAACCUUAUAGCUGUGCUCAAUGCGGGAAGAGUUUUAUUCAGUCAAGUCAUCUGACUAUACACCAGAGAACACACACUGGAGAAAAACCUCAUAGCUGUGAUCAAUGUGGGAAGAGAUUUACUCAGUCAGGCGGCCUGAUAUACCACCAGAGAACACACACAGGAGAGAAACCUUAUAGCUGUGCUCAAUGUGGGAAGAGUUUUGCUACAUCUAGCAAUCUGACUAUACACCAGAGAACACACACUGGAGAGAAACCUCAUAGCUGUAAUCAAUGUGGGAAGAGUUUUGCUCAGCCAAACAACCUGAUAUCACACCAGCGUACCCACACAGGAGAGAAAUAUCAUAGCUGUGAUCAAUGUGGGAAGAGAUAUUCUCGUAAAAGAUCUCUGAUCAAACAUCAGAAA